UCCUGUCGCCGCGUCAUGCGGCGGGGCGGCUGGCGUCGCGCGCGGGGACUUGGGCUGCUGCGACUUGGGAGCGUUUUCCCCUCCCUCCAGGAGACUCAAUCCGUUUAGCCUGGGGCAAAAGGGGGAAAAGAGAGGAGGCAACACAAGACUCAGGACCAAAUUUCUUUUGCGCCGCGGGGACUGGAUUCCACGACGGACUUUGAGACUUUUGCCGGCGCUCGCCCGCUGCAGAGUGGCAGUGCAUGCCUGCCGCGCCGAGGUGGCCCAGGGGUCGCCUCCACCGCGUCCUGGAUGCGCUCUGCUGAGUGAGCCGCGCGCCCUCCUCUCCGCACGCCCUCUUUCCUCCGGCCCGCCUGCAAAUGGCUUCGUUCCCCGAGCCCGACUUCCAGAUCUGCCUGCUAUGCAAGGAGAUGUGCGGCUCGUCCGCGCCGCUCUCCUCCAGCUCGUCCGCCUCGUCGUCGUCCUCGCAGACGUCUACGUCGUCCGCGGGCGGCAGCGGCCCCGGGGCGGCUGCGCGGCGCCUACACAUCCUGCCCUGCCUGCACGCCUUCUGCCGGCCGUGCCUCGAGGCGCACCGGCUGCCCGCUCCCGCCGGCGCCGGCCCCGCCGAGGCGCUGAAGCUGCGCUGUCCCGUGUGUGACCAGAAGGUGGUCCUGGCCGAGGCGGCGGGCAUGGACGCGCUGCCGUCGUCCGCCUUCCUGCUCAGCAACCUGCUGGACGCCGUGGUGGCUACUGCCGACGAGCCGCCGCCCAAGAACGGGCGCGCGGGCGGCGGCCCCGGGGGCGCGGGCGGCCACAGCAACCAUCGGCACCACGCGCACCACCCGCCCCAGCGCGCGGCCGCUCCAGCGCCGCAGCCGCCUCCCGGCCCGGCCGCCUCCCCCGCGGCGCUGCUCCUGCGCCGGCCUCACGGCUGCAGCUCGUGCGACGAGGGCAACGCCGCCUCGUCGCGCUGCCUCGACUGCCAGGAACACCUGUGCGACAACUGUGUCCGCGCGCACCAGCGCGUGCGCCUCACUAAGGACCACUACAUCGAGCGCGGGCCGCCCGGGCCUGCGGCCGCCUCGGCAGCGCAGCAGCUAGGGCUCGGGCCGCCCUUCGCUGGCGCGCCCUUCUCCAUCCUUUCGGUGUUCCCGGAGCGCCUCGGUUUCUGCCAGCACCACGACGACGAGGUACUGCAUCUUUACUGCGACACGUGCUCUGUUCCCAUCUGCAGAGAGUGCACCCUAGGCCGCCAUGGAGGCCACAGCUUCUCCUACCUCCAGGAUGCCCUGCAGGACUCACGGGCACUCACCAUCCAGCUGCUGGCUGAUGCCCAGCAGGGCCGCCAAGCUAUCCAGCUGAGCAUCGAGCAGGCACAGACUGUGGCAGAACAGGUGGAGAUGAAGGCGAAGGUGGUCCAGUCGGAGGUCAAGGCCGUGACAGCCCGCCAUAAGAAGGCUCUGGAAGAGCGUGAAUGCGAGCUGCUGUGGAAGGUGGAGAAGAUCCGCCAGGUGAAGGCCAAGUCCCUGUACUUGCAGGUGGACAAGCUGCGGCAGAGCCUCAACAAGCUGGAGAGCACCAUCAGCGCUGUCCAGCAGGUCCUGGAAGAGGGCCGCGCCUUGGACGUCCUGCUGGCCCGAGACCGGAUGCUGGCCCAAGUGCAGGAGCUCAAGGCCAUCCGGAGCCUCCUGCAGCCGCAGGAAGAUGAUCGGAUCAUGUUCACACCCCCUGACCAAGCCCUUUACCUUGCCCUCAAGUCUUUCGGCUUUGUCAGCAGCGGGGCCUUUGCCCCGCUCACAAAGGCCACAGGAGAUGGCAUCAAGAGAGCCCUUCAGGGUAAGGUGGCCUCCUUUACUGUCAUGGGUUACGACCACGACGGUGAACCCCGCCUCUCAGGAGGUGACCUGAUGUCAGCUGUGGUCCUUGGCCCUGAUGGAAACCUGUUUGGUGCAGAAGUGAGUGAUCAGCAGAACGGGACUUACGUGGUGAGCUACAGACCCCAGCUUGAGGGUGAGCACUUGGUGUCGGUGACGCUGUGCAACCAGCAUAUAGAGAACAGCCCUUUCAAGGUACUGGUCAAGUCAGGCCGCAGCUACGUGGGCAUCGGGCUCCCUGGGCUGUGCUUUGGCACUGAGGGUGACAGUGAGGGCCAGCUCUGCAGGCCGUGGGGCGUGUGUGUGGAUAAGGACGGCUACAUCAUCGUGGCGGACCGCAGCAAUAACCGAAUCCAGGUGUUUAAGCCCUGUGGCUCCUUCCAUCACAAGUUCGGUACCCUAGGUUCCCGGCCUGGGCAGUUUGACCGACCAGCUGGGGUGGCCUGUGAUGCCUCCCGCAGGAUCGUAGUGGCUGACAAAGACAACCAUCGCAUUCAGGUCUUUACCUUUGAGGGCCAGUUCCUCCUCAAGUUUGGUGAGAAAGGAACCAAGAACGGGCAGUUUAACUAUCCUUGGGAUGUAGCAGUGAAUUCCGAGGGCAAGAUCCUGGUUUCCGACACCCGAAAUCACCGCAUCCAGCUAUUUGGACCCGAUGGGGUCUUCCUGAAUAAGUAUGGCUUCGAGGGGUCUCUCUGGAAGCACUUUGACUCUCCACGGGGUGUGGCUUUCAACCAGGAAGGUCACCUGGUAGUCACCGAUUUCAACAACCACCGGCUUCUGGUCAUUCACCCUGAUUGUCAAUCCGCCCGCUUCUUGGGCUCAGAGGGUACCGGCAACGGGCAGUUCCUGCGACCACAGGGUGUGGCUGUGGACCAGGAAGGGCGGAUCAUUGUGGCUGAUUCCAGGAAUCACCGGGUACAGAUGUUUGAGGCCAAUGGCAGCUUCCUGUGCAAGUUUGGUGCUCAAGGCAGUGGCUUCGGGCAGAUGGACCGCCCCUCAGGGAUCGCGGUCACCCCAGAUGGGUUGAUCGUCGUUGUGGACUUCGGCAACAAUCGAAUUCUCAUUUUCUAAUCUUGUCUUCUGGGUUCCUUCCUGUGUUUAGGGUGUGCAUGUGUGUAUCUCAGUUUUUGAAUUUCAAAGAAGAAAUCGUCUCAGGGAUAUCCCCCCCCCCCCCUUUUCUUUUUCUUUCUUUUUAUUUUUUUAAGAGAACAAAAGUACAACAUUGCUUAAGUCCUACCUCAUCUUAUUUUUUGUUUUUGUUAAUUUUUUUACAGAUGAAUGUAAAAUUCUCUUGUGCAGGGAUUGAGCCUGUGAAGUAAUAAUUUCUAUCUACCUCAAAUCUUUGCAUUUUUCCUUCUGUAGCAGCCCUCUUUGCUCCUCCAUGGAGGCCACAUUCCUUCCCUCUUAAGGGCAUGUAAUGCACAGGCCAGCACUCCCGCAACCCUGAGGGCACUGGGAGCAUACGGUGGGGUGCAUUUUGUAGAUUGAGCCAAGGA